CUCCCCUCGACCUCCGCCGGCAUGUCGACGGAGGAGUGGACAGAGAUACCCGCCGCCGUCUACUUCGAGCUGAAGCAGGCGUUCGAGAUGAUCGACCGCGAUGGCGACGGGAAGAUCACCAAGGAGGAGCUCGAGUCGCUCCUGAGCCGGCUCGGCGCCGAACCUCCGAGCAAGGAGGAGCUGCGGCAGAUGCUCAGCGAAGUCGACCGCGACGGAGACGGCUGCAUCACGCUGGAGGAGUUCCACGCGAUCGGAUCGGCUUUCGCGCCGUCGACCGACAGCUCGGAGCUGAGGCACACGUUCGAUUUCUUUGACUCCGACCGCGACGGGAGGAUCACGGCGGAGGAGCUCUUCAGCGUAUUCAAGACGAUCGGCGACGCGCGGUGCACGUUAGAGGACUGCCGGCGCAUGAUAAGAGGUGUAGAUAGAAACGGGGACGGAUAAAAGGAGAGAACAGGC